AUGCCCCAAGUAAAUGCUGCUAAGUUGUACGUAAGUUCGGAGCCGCUUGCAGAAGUUGAUACUGAGGAGGUGCAACAAUCAACUACAUCUUUACAAUUUAUAGCCCUAGAUGAUGGAUGCACUAUAAUGAGAAGCUAUACAAUGGGAAGUUAUAUGCUCCCAUCUCAAGAUUAUGCUGCCAAUACUAGUGAAACACUCCAACCUCAAGAGACACAUUUAGGGGAGGAAGACGAAGACAAAGACGAAGACGAAGACGAAGACGAAGAUUAUACUACGAAUAAUGGUGAAAAUAUUGAUGAUAUGGAUGAGUACGAAGAGAGGAUUGAGCGAGACGAUUUUGAUAGGGAUGUGGAUGACCAUGAACUCGUUCCCAAUUUUGAAGAGGAAAUUAUGGAGUACCAUGAUAAAGGUGAUGCAGAUGAUGAUAUUGGCAUUCAGCAUGAUACAAAUACGACCACUGCCUACACACCUCCUGUUGAGUCAUUCUAUGCAAAUAUUUGGAAAGAUAUGGUUGAUUCUUCAUGUCUUUAG